ACAGAUCAGAGAACUAUCCAGUAGUCAAUUCAAUCCCCAACGAUGGUCCCUGCUGUUGGCAUUUGCUUAACCAGUCUUUAAUUCCUGUUUGACAAACUUUUUAAGGUACUACAGGCAGAUGAUUUUUCACCAUCUACCAAAAUGUGGAACAGACAUAUUGCCUUUUACCUCCUGCUUUUGCCAGCUUUUAUGAGUCAAACAAUAUAUGGACAAAGAAAGAAAGGAUCAAAGUCCAAUUUAUUUACAAGGAAAAAUUAUCUCCAGGACUCCACUUGCUUCAUAGACAUUGUUUUCAUCGUGGACAGCUCUGAAAGUUCUAAAAUUAUUCUCUUUGAUGCACAGAAAGAUUUUGUGGCUAAUUUGAGUGACAAGAUUUUCCAGUUGACUCCAGUUUAUCACUUGAAAUACGACAUCAAACUGGCAGCUCUUCAGUUUAGCAGCACUGUCCAAAUUGACCCACCCUUUUCUUCUUGGAAAGAUCUACAGACUUUCAAGCAGAGGGUUAAGUCUAUGAAUUUUAUUGGACAAGGUACUUUCUCAUAUUAUGCCAUCUCCAAUGCUACUAGGCUAUUUAAGAGAGAAGGACGUAAAGAUGGUGUAAAAGUAGCUUUGCUGAUGACUGAUGGCAUCGACCAUCCAAAGAAUCCAGAUGUUCGAAGUAUUUCUGAAGAUGCCAGAAGUGCAGGAAUAUUAUUUAUCACCAUUGGACUUUCCACUGUAGUCAAUGAAAACAAACUUCGUUUGAUAUCUGGGGAUUCACCUAGUGAACCCAUUCUACUGAUGAGUGACCCGACGCUUGCAGAUAAAAUUCAGGAUCGCCUGAUGAUCUUAUUUGAAAAGAAGUGUGAACGCAAGAUCUGUGAGUGCGAGAAGGGGGACCCAGGCGAGCCAGGGCCUCCGGGUACCCAUGGAAACCCAGGUAUCAAAGGUGAGCGAGGACCGAAAGGAAACCCGGGUGAUGCUCAAAAAGGGGAACCUGGAGAAAGAGGCCCAGGGGGAAUUCCUGGGUACAAGGGUGAGAAGGGUAUACGUGGAGAAUGUGGUAAACCAGGAAUAAAAGGUGACAAAGGAUCCCCAGGGCCCUAUGGGCCAAAAGGACCCAGAGGACCUCAGGGCAUUAGUGGACCUCCAGGGGACCCAGGCCCGAAGGGAUUUCAAGGCAACAAGGGUGACCCAGGUCCUCCUGGUCCUUAUGGUCCUCCAGGAGUCCCGGGUGUUGGACAACAAGGUAUUAAGGGAGAGAGAGGCCAGGAAGGAAGAACAGGGGCUCCGGGACCAAUCGGCAUUGGUGAGCCAGGCCAGCCAGGUCCCCGUGGUCCUGAGGGAGCACCAGGAGAGAGAGGCUUACCGGGAGAAGGAUUUCCAGGACCAAAGGGUGAAAAAGGUUCUGAAGGACCAAUUGGCCCACAAGGAUUACAAGGUCUGUCAAUCAAAGGAGACAAGGGGGAUUUGGGACCUGUGGGACCCCAAGGACCAAUGGGCGUCCCUGGAAUUGGGAGUCAAGGGGAACAGGGAAUCCAAGGUCCUAUUGGUCCCCCUGGCCCACAAGGACCCCCAGGACAGGGAUUACCUGGUUCCAAGGGAGAAGUAGGCCAGGUAGGACCUACAGGCCCUAGAGGACCAGUGGGGAUCGGAGUACAAGGUCCAAAGGGGGCGCCAGGCUCAAUAGGGCUCCCAGGACAGCCAGGAGUACCAGGAGAAGAUGGAGCUGCAGGAAAGAAGGGAGAAGCAGGGCUUCCAGGAGCAAGAGGCCCAGAAGGACCACCUGGAAAAGGACAACCUGGCUCCAAGGGUGAUGAAGGAAAGAAAGGGAGCAAAGGAAAUCAAGGGCAGAGGGGAUUUCCAGGGCCCGAAGGACCAAAGGGUGAACCAGGGGUUAUGGGCCCUUUUGGGCUUCCUGGAACAUCAAUUCCUGGACCACCUGGGCCAAAGGGAGACAGAGGAGGUCCUGGAAUACCUGGACUUAAAGGAGAACCUGGCAUUGCUAUUCAAGGACCAAAGGGUGCCCAAGGCCCUCAGGGACCAGUGGGUGCUCCAGGACUCAAAGGCGAUGGCUACCCUGGUGUGGCUGGACCACGAGGGUUACCAGGACCCCCUGGACCAAUAGGCUUGCGUGGAGUGGGGGACACUGGAGCAAAGGGAGAGCCGGGAGUCAGAGGACCUCCAGGUCCCCCUGGGCCUCGGGGCCUGGGAACCCAAGGGCCAAAGGGUGAUAUUGGGCAGAAAGGCUUGCCUGGCCCUCCUGGUCCCCCUGGCUAUGGAUCACAAGGAAUUAAAGGAGAGCAAGGACCUCAAGGCUUUCCGGGGCCAAAAGGCACGACUGGCCGCGGCUUUCCUGGCCAGAAGGGGGAGCACGGAGAACGGGGUGAGAAGGGGGCAAAAGGCAGCAAAGGGGAAAUGGGAGAGCCCGGAUCGCCAGGAGAACAGGGGUUGCAGGGACCAAAAGGAGACCAAGGACUUACAAAAGAAGAAAUUAUCAAACUGAUUUUUGAAAUAUGUGAUUGUGGGCUGAAAUGCGAAGAGGCUCCAUUAGAGCUGCUGUUUGUGAUUGACAGCUCAGAAAGUGUGGGGACAGAUAACUUCCUGAUCAUCAAAAAUUCCGUGAAGACUCUGAUCGACCAGGUUGCUCUGGACCUUACCACAGUCCGCGUCGGCAUAAUCAACUACAGCCAUAAGGUGGAGAGGGUGGCUAACCUGAUGCAGUUCUCCAGCAAGACUGACAUCAAGCUGGCUGUGGACAACAUGCAGUAUCUGGGGGAAGGCACCUACACGGCCACAGCUCUCCAUGCCGCCAACCAAAUGUUUCAAGCCGCAAGGCCAGGUGUAAAGAAAGUGGCCUUGGUCAUCACGGAUGGGCAGACAGAUCUCCGAGAUCAAAAGAAUCUGACAGAGGAGGUGAAGCAAGCCAGGGACGCCAAUGUGGAAAUAUUUGUGUUUGGGGUGGUGAAGAAAACUGACCCCAACUUCAAAAUGUUCCACCAAGAAAUGACUCUAAUUGCUACCGAUAAGGAGCACAUUUAUCUAUUUCAUGACUUCAUUACUCUGCAAGAAACCCUGAAGAAAAAGCUGGUUAAAAAACAUUGUAUGACUAUCAGUGCCCACCUCUCUCAAAUUUUGAAUUUGUCACAACCUCAACCUGGAUUUGGCAUCUCAGGGGAAGAACUCAGCAUUUCCACUCCAGAGCCUCAGAAAGAAAUACCUGAGUCAGUCAGUAUCCCCGGCACCCAGGAUGAGCCUACUCCAGAGAAGAAUGAGCCUCCAGAGCCUACUUGGGCUGAGAGCCUGGCCGCCACCCCAGGGCCAUUGCUCAGCAUCCACGAGGAUGGGGCAGAGGGCCUGGAAGCCAGAACUCUAAGUCCCAUUUUGAACUUACAGCCAGAAGAGUUGGUGCACAAAGACCCUACAUGCUUAGAAGACCUAAAGCCUGGCAACUGCAGUGACUAUGUGGUUCGAUGGUAUUACGACAAACAGGUCAACUCUUGUGCCCGCUUUUGGUUCAGUGGCUGUUAUGGCUCAGGAAACAGAUUCAACAGUCAAAAGGAAUGUGAAGAAACCUGCAUUCAAGGAUGAGGCAGUACGUCAGCCUGUAAUGCGUCAAGUCUACAUCUCUAUCAACAAGUCUAGAAAGAACCUUCCUAAUUUCAACAUACU